CCUCGGCUAGAUACUGAGCCACUGUGCCCUUCAGGCGCCCGCGCGCCAUGCUGAAGUAAGCCUAGUGAGAUAGUCAUGCCUUUCAGGCUACAAUCGUCGAUAAGUAAGUAGUAUAAAGACUUUGUUAUCGCCCCAAGGCAUACGAGCUGGUCUAUUUGAAGACCUUCGAGACUCCAUCACAGUUGAUAUUGUACCUUUGGCAGAAGAAAUCCAUGGUAAGCAAACACUUUCACUAAAAGGUCGAGGCAUUGUUAAGCGGAUGUGCUCACGCUGUUCCGCUGUGCCAGGCUCCUUCACGCAGGCUUCUUCACUUGUCGCGCUCGGGCGGACCCGACCACUUUCUUUUAGCUGCUAUCUCGCACUCCAACCAGCCAACACAACAUCUAAGUCCGCUACAUUCGCAACGGAAUUAUGGCCGUCUCCAGCUGGAUUCCUCCCCCACCCCCGGAUCCUGACACACUGCUUAAUCCUCCACCCUUUAAACCUUUUCCCCUGAUCCAAGUGCGCAGCGGCAAGAUCAAAAAGUCUCUCGGAAAUGGCCGCAUCGAAACCGCGAUCUUCAAGAGUCCCGUCUCCGGCCCCGUGGAGGUCAGCAAGAACGGAAUUGUCAGCGACGAACAUGCCUACGAGCCACACCGCAGCCCGGAUAAUGCACUCUUGCAUUAUUGCACUACACACUACGAUGACUGGAUCAAUGAGAUCCCAACAUCAGAGGCACACUUCAAGCCUGGCGCUUUUGGUGAGAACAUCUUCAGUUCUGAAGUAAGUGAGAAGAGCGUAUGCGUUGGCGACCGCAUUGCCAUUGGCAACAUCAUUGUUGAGGUUUCUGAGCCGCGAAGCCCAUGCUACAAGCUAAACCAUCGUUUCGAGGUUAGGGACAUGGCUAAGCGUACGCAAACUCUCUUUAGAACCGGCUGGCUAUAUCGUGUCAUCAAGACUGGAUCCAUUGCCGCUGGAGACAUGGUACGUCUGCUCGAGCGACCCAACCCCAACUGGACUGUGGCAAGGGUCAUGUACUACUUGUUCAUUGAAACCAAUAACAUGGAAAUGAUGAAGCAAAUACUACAAGUUCCACAGCUCGGCGAAGAGACCAAGAAAAAGUUGCAUACCCGACUGGCCAAGGGUGUGACUGAAGAUCAACAAGGCCGGAUGUAUGGGGAUGCAGAAGAUAAGAUGGAUGCAUGGUACGAGUGUCGUGUCGCCGAGAAGCGCAAGGAGACCACUAGAGUCACCUCGUUGGUGCUUGAAGCCAUUGAGGACAAUCCGAAUCCUAGCCGCAUUGAGCCUGGCAGUCACGUUCGACUCAAGCUGGGUGGCAAAAUUGUUCGUGCAUAUUCGGUCACUGGUGGUACCACAAAACGCUUCGAGCUGGGAAUUGCUCUUGAUGCGAACAGCCGGGGUGGAUCAAAAUUUCUGCAUGAGAAGGUCCAUGUCGGAGACACCAUCACUGCAGGACGCAUCACCGCCUCCUUCCCACUAGCUACCGACGCAGACAAACAUAUCAUUCUUGCGGGCGGAAUCGGAAUUACUGCUUUCUUGGCUGCACUGCCUCACCUCCAAGACACUAAACAGAACUUCCAUCUUCAUUACGCCGUUUCCAGCGAGAUACCUUUCAAGGAACGUCUCUCUUCACUCGGUCGCAACAUCACGUUCUACAAUAGCGCAGAAGGCACACGAAUGGACCUCAAAGACAUACUCUCCCACGCCGACAACCGCACGCACAUCUACGCUUGUGGUCCUGCACGUCUAAUGGACGCUGUCACAGCCGUAGCGAAUGCUCUCAAUAUCCCUGACACCCUCAUUCACAUGGAACAAUUCACCGUCGCAACUUCCGGCGAUCCGUUCACCGUUGAGCUCAAGCAGAAUAAGAGUGUUGUAGAGGUUGGCGCAACCCAGACGUUGCUCGACGUCUUGAGGAGCGUAGGUAUGGACAUCGACAGUUCGUGCGAAGUGGGAAACUGCGGUACUUGCAAGGUCGACGUUUGUGACGGGAGAGUGGAGCACCAGGGUACUGGGUUGUUGGAUGAAGAGAAAUGUGGAGCAAUGCUGUCUUGUGUGUCCAGAGGCGUUGGACGAAUUGUGCUUGAUCUAUGAAAUGGGUCAUAUCUGGCUUGCGAAAGGUCGCGAAGGACUUCAAGCAGAGCCCUCCAGGGUGUGCACUCAGCUCACACCAUGCUGAUGUCACCUAUUAUAGCUUAGAGAUCUUAAAUUGGUAGUAAAGAUGUGCCGUGCAGCAGAGCUUUUUUCGCAUACAGAACGCACUAACGUAUGUAUGAACUAGUAAUUGAUGAC